AUCCAAAAUGGCGUCCGUCAACCCACUUCUGACUUUGGAACGAAUGUUAAACGGUAAAACAACACUUAAAACACAGAAAGCUACUCAUGGUAAUAUCGUAGAAAUAGGAACAGAUCUUCUCAAUGAAYUGCGUAGGUCAAUGCAGGAAGAUAAGGACAGAGCUAUCCAAGAGGCUCUGGCUGAGGCAGAAGCCAAAGCACUUGCAGAGAGAAUGAGAGCUUUAGAAGAAAUGAGACAAAAAAUGAAUGAAGAACGUGAGCAGGCAUUAGAGGAAGCUCGUCAGAAAGCUGAAAAAGAAAUGGCAGAAAUUAAGUACCGYUGUGAGGUUGCRGAAAAAAAGAGGGCUCGUCUUGCUUAYGAAAAAUACAUGCAAGAAAAGUUGGAUGCUCUGAAAGAAGCUGCAAGAAAAGCMGAGGAAGACAAACAGAAUGCGUUAAGAGAGCUUACUGAGAGUCUGUCGAGAAGGCUUCGCAAUGAGGCAGCACUGCAAAGAGAAAAAGCUGUUGCAGAAGCACUUUCUAUUGCUAGGAAAAACUUUGAACGACGGCUACAAAAUGCAAUAGACGAUACUAAAAGGGAAUGUGAAGCACUUGCAGCAGCAGAGGCCGAGCGCGUUGCAAGAAUACACAAAAGCGAAGUUGAUAGUCUUAACCAAAGAAUCGAUAACCUGAAUAGAACUUUGAACAAUGAAAGAAAGGCGAUGCAACAACUCUUAAACACACACGUCGAUUUAAAAGAAGAUUACAAACGCUUUCAAAACAUAACCAGAGGCUAUCACUCUGAUUUUCUACUCGGGUAACACAUCAAUAUGAAUACAGAGGGGAAGACUGGGCGUAAACUACCGAUAAGUGUUAAUAAUCUCUAAAUUAUAAUCAUAAAGUAGAAAUAAUUGAAAAUAAUCCUAGAAAUAAAUUAUUUUAUUUAGUAUUUCAAA